AUGGGAGCUAAAUGUUGUUCUUGUAGCAAAGGAUCCGUAAAAGAAGACUCGGUCAUAUCGGUAGCUGAACACCAGGAGCAAGGUAGAGACCUCAGGGAGAUGGAAACGGAAGAGACGAGAAAUGAUACUGGGUCAUCGGAACAUGAAUCUCCGACUUCAGAUUUGAGGACUUUAGAAGUUUUGGAGAAAUUCAGUUCUGUUUCUGUGGGAUUACAAGAAGGAACCUCUAGGAUUAGAGAGUCACCCAGAAGUCUUGGUGAAGAUUGGAUGUCAUCGUCGAAUAUUCUCUGGAGUACUGACUCGUUUUCUGGCCCGAUCCCAAGUGGUUAUUACUCGGUGAUCCCGGAUAAGAGAUUGACGCAUUUUAAAAGCUUUCCUACAUCAAGCGAACUUCGUGCGCUGGGUGACGUAGGUCUUGAGUCUGAUGUGAUUUAUAUCGAUCUCGAGGCAGAUAAAAAGCUUCUUAGGCUAAAGAAGUGGGCUCUUGUCGAAUCUAAAGAGGGAAAUCUGCGUAUGUUUAUUAAGAAAAUUGCUCGACUGGUGGCAGAUGUACACCCCCGAAAAACUCCGCAUAGUCCGGCAAACACUUCACAAUCAUCUAGCAGUCAUGGUUAUCGACUACUAGCAGAUAUCAAACAUGGUACUUGCCGUUCUCGAGCCAUCUUGUUUAAAGUUCUAACUGAUAGUGUUGGUCUUAAAAGCAAGCUUGUGGUGGGCUUUCCUAGUGAUCUAACUGAAGGAAUCGACUCACAUAACCAUAUCUCUGUCGUGGUUGUGCUCAAUAAUGAGGAAAUGCUGGUCGACCUUAUGCGAACACCUGGUGAGCUUGUACCCAUGUCAACCGAGGCAAUUUAUAUGGCUCAUACCUCAACACCAUGGAAUAGCGCUUGUCAUUCACCAUUGGAGCCGAACAGUCCCCUUGGUGGAACAGGACAACUGGAAACUAAGAGAAUGAGGAGAAGCCCUAGUGCAACUCCUGAAAACAGUGAUGCAAUCGCAAGGCAAGUGGCAAUGCGAGUGAGUAAUUCCUCGAACCAGAGUCGCUUCUCGAAAGAAGGUGAUUCAUCUCCUCACUCUUCAGAUGAUAUAACCAGGGGUGAAUCUUCAAAUCAAAACAUAAACGACAUUUUGAAUGAAGUGUUGGGGUCUCCUACGUUCCAGAAUAAGCCUUUGUUACCAUAUGAUGAAUGGAACAUAGAUAUCUCCGAGGUGAAAGUUGGGGCUCUUAUCGGACGUGGAUGUUUUGGAAAAGUCUACCGAGGCAGCUGGAGUGGAACGGAUGUUGCGAUCAAGGUUUUUCUUGAGCAAGACCUUAUAGUUGAGAACAUAAAAGAUUUCUGCAAUGAGAUAUCCAUUCUUAGCCGCCUUCGACAUCCCGAUGUUAUUCUGUUCCUUGGAGCAUGCACAAAGCCUCCUCAGUUAUCACUAGUCACAGAGUUAAUGGAAAACGGGUCCUUGUAUAAUAAGCUCUAUUCGCCUGGAGAAAAGAAGGAAUUCAGCUGGAAAAGGAAACUAGAUAUGCUGCGCGACAUUUGCAAGGGUUUGAUGUGCAUCCACCGGAUGGGGAUAGUCCACCGUGAUCUAAAGAGUGCGAACUGCUUGUUGAGCGACCAAGGGAAAGUCAAGAUCUGUGAUUUUGGGCUCUCAAGAAUUAUGAAAGACAUGACGAUGAAGAACACUGAACCUGCAGGAACUCCUGAGUGGAUGGCUCCUGAACUUAUCCGCAAUAGAGUACGUCCGUUGAAUCAAGAACAACACUUGGUAACUAAACAAAACAUCGAAUCUAAACCCGGCUCUACGAUUUCUUGUUUUCAGGUCAUUCAUACUGUUGCAAACGAGGGAGCCCGGCUCGAAAUACCUGAUGGACCGUUAUGCAAACUUAUUGCAGCUUGUUGGUCGGAACCAGAGCAAAGACCGAGCUGUAAAGAGAUACUGGCCGAGCUAACGAUAUGCGAGUAUUCGCUUUGA